CUUACAAAGCUGGAGGAUCUAACUUUGUAUAAUAACCGGAUUUCUGUAUUUGAGAACAUGGAUGGCCUGAAGAAUCUGCAGGUCUUAUCUAUCGGGAAUAAUAACCUGGCAUCCCUGGAAAAUCUCGUCUACCUGCGCAGGUUUGAACAUUUGCGGACGUUAAAUCUCGCAGGGAAUCCAAUGUGUGAGGACCAAAACUGUAAAUUGUUUGUUGCUGCUCACCUCCCAAACCUGGUGUACCUGGACUUCAGACUUCUAGAUGACAAUAUAAGAGACAUAGCCAAUGUGAAGUACCAGUACUCCAUUGAGGAAAUGAAUCAUAAUGAGACUUUGGAGAGAGUGAAGAGGGAAAAAGAAGAACAGAGUAAGCAAGAGUUGGAUAAGCACAAGGCUGCCUACGUGGAAUAUCUGAAUGGCCCCUUCCUUUUCGAGGCCAUGUAUGCAGAG